AACUAUCUUGAUCCCGAUUGGUUGGUUCAUUGUGAAGAAAUUCUGAAAAGAUCAGUGGUCUUCAAUGAGCGUUUACGAAAACAAUACGGUAUUGUGCCCGAGAAAUACCCUGUUGACAAAAAAGAUACCCGUCCGAAGUUCCUACGUACUCCUGAUCAAGAGAGCGACGCCGGAGCUCAAGCCAGUGACGAACGUGCGGGAGCUGUUGAUGGUCGGCUUCGUCCUCCGUUCACGCCUUACCCUGGCAAGACUGACAAAGCCACUCGAGACUUGGCCAGAAUGAUCAUUUCGAGACUUGCUCGUCCGGACAAAUUUGGAGAUGAUAAGAAAUUCCGUGUGACAUCCACCAUUUCACCAAUCGCCGGAAUAGGGCGUCCAUUCAAUCCAAUACGUCUUACCCGCUCGGAGCCAACGGUAACCCGUGCGUCAACGAUCAUCAGUCGCAGUGAACUGAUAGCCACUAAGGCGGCAUCGGCAACGUCAUGUUUGGGAUCAAAUCUCAUCUCACUCACUCAUACCAGCUCCACGUCGUCGAUACCGUAUCCCAAUGCUCGCUCCAGUUCGGCUCAUUCUUAUUUGACACCACAGCGAAGAAGCCGUUCACCGACGAUUUCUGACGUGAUCCGCUUCCGUAAUCGAAUAGGAAAACUAAACAAAUUCCUCAGAAAUCCUCAACACAAGCCACCAAAACCUGUUGUACGUUCUGAUUCGGAUGCAUCUACCCAACAAGGUGGAGCAGGCAGUACCAGUAGCGGGCAUUAA